AUGACAGUUGCUCACUAUGUUCUUCACCAUCCCCUACUUGGCGAGUUCCGUGGACAAGAACACGACUCGACUGUAGAGUUCCUUGGAGUGAAAUACGGAACUUUGGAAGGAAAGUUUUCUCCGCCGAUCCUAUACCAUGGGGAUAAAAGCGAUAUCGUGGAUGCUACGAAACUAGGUCCCGCAUCACCAUCGCCAGCCGAUGGAAUUGAAAUGGAAUUUUCGCUUAUUCAGCAAUCUCUCCCUCGGCCUCAUAUUGAACAGUCCGAGAAAGACUGCUUGAAUCUGAACAUUACUGCUCCUAAAACAAUUUCAGCUAAUCUUCCAGUCGUGGUAUUCGUCCAUGGUGGUGGAUUUUCGAUCGGGUCAAAUGCCUGGCCAGAAUAUAACUUCCGCCGUCUCGUGGACCUCUCUAUUGAGGAAGGAAGCCCAAUAAUUGGUAUCAAUAUCAACUAUCGACUUGGUCCAUUCGGAUUUCUCCACUCUGCCGAGCUAGCUAAGUUCGGAGGGGGUCAGAAUAAUGGUCUUCAUGACCAACAAAUUGCGCUUCUUUGGAUACAGAAAUAUAUUGCUGGCUUUGGCGGAGAUCCCAACAAUGUCACCUUCGUUGGAGAAAGCGCCGGUGGCGUUUCCGGAACUCAUCACCUACAUUCCAAGGUCCCGUUGUUUACGAGACUUGUCAGCAUGGGAGGCACAAAUCUUCUGAUAAAACCAGUACCAGAGAUUGUAAAUGAGCAAACAUAUGGACAAUCUUUACAAUUGUUGAACCUUCAAGAUUUGCCAGCCGAAGGUCGUGUCAAAGCAUUGGAGGCCUUGCCGGCGGAAAAGAUUUUGGCAUCUUUGGUCCCUGACAUGGCUUUUAUACCUAGCUCUGGUGGGGAUCUCAACCUGCCAACUAACAACUUUGAAGAGCUUUAUCUUGGCCAGUCUGAGGGCACCACGCACCCAGGAAAGUCUUGGUGCAAGGAGAUCAUGAUUGGAGAUUGCCAGAUGGAUGGGAGUAUUCUUCUUACAAUGCUUGGUUCUAUCAAGCCGGGCAUCUUCCAACAAUUCAAAGACUCCAUUGAACGAUCUCUAGACGCUGAUAGCGCGGCAUUGAUACUCCAAGCUUACGGAAUCACCGAAACUGAUCCCAAAGAAGAUACCCUGGCGAACAUCUUGAAGUUUGGUAAUGACAUCAACUUCCUCGCUCCGGUCUUAGUUUACGCCCAUGGCUGGGAUGGAAAUGCAUUCAUGUACUUUUUCAAUGAACCCAACACAUGGGAUGGCCCGUGGAAAGGCUAUGCCAAUCACAUCUUGGAUGUUGCCUACCUGUUCCAAAACUACAAUGAGGCUUUGACUGAAGGCCAGCGCCAGACAGCUGUCAUUUUCGGAAAAGAUCUAAUCAGAUUUGCAAAUGGCAAAGCUCCAUGGCCUGUGUUUGACUUUGCUGCGGAGGAGCUUAAUGCCAGAGUAUAUGGCUCGAAAGACCUCGAAAAAGUCACGGCUAGAGUCGACACUACCACAGGCCCCAAUGAGAGAACUGAAAGACGACAGACCAUCUUCCAGCUUUCCCAGACCAUUUAUUUGACCAAACUGUCUGAUGCAUGGGAUUCAUUCAUGAUAGGCAAUUGA